AUGGUCGGUCCGCUUCACUCACUACUCCCCAGCAUCUCCCUCUCUCCCUUCUGUCGUUUCUAUCGCUCUCUGCCAUACCACGCCACAUGAGCGACACCUCCACUCACAAACAUUUUAACUAACACAUGUACUCGUACGUGUUUUCGCGUGUGUUCCCCCAGACCGUUGCCCGCCAGACGUCUGGUGUUGUAAGGAAAAGUUUUUGACAGCCUCUUCCUUGGAGUGACAGCCCUGCAGCGUUUCUUUGGGAGUAUUGUGGUGAAGCCUGUAUUUUCUUUCCUUUUUUUUUUAUUUCUUUCUUUAUUUUUUUCCCCCCAUUUAGUCCUCCCUCUUUAACUUGUAUCUCCUUCCCGUCACCUGUGAGAAGUGUCUGAUCCUGCUGCAGUCUGACCGGAGCGCUUUGCCCCCCCUCCGGUUUCACCCCCACCGAGGAACCAUCAUGAGAGCCUGGAGGCGGCGGAGGAACUUUGCCUUUCUGAUCUUCGCUCUCUGCUUCUGGUGCCUGUCCACGGCGACAGAAAAUGCUGACAACACGGUUUACAACACACAGGGAGGAAGUAUUCCAGACGAGGCUAAGCAGCGAGGGGAAGCAACCAAACCAGAACGCCGCGGGACCACCGUACCUCUGCUGCUGAGGGGCAAGGAGCUCAGACCUCUCAGCCAGCUCACGGCCGGGAGUUAUCCUGCGUCACUCCAGCUGCUGGUACGUGCGGAAGGUGAAGAGCUGAUCCUUUUGUUGGAGAAAAACGAGGGUCUUUUUGCAAGCCAUUACACCGAGACACAUUACCGGGAGGAUGGAAGUGCAGUCACCGGUGCUCACAACUUCACGAAUAACUGCUACUACCACGGGGAAGUGCAGGCACAUCCGAACUCCGAUGUCACCCUCAGCGUCUGCUCAGGCCUUCGAGGCUUCAUCUCACUUGAAAACAAGACAUUCAUCAUUGAGCCAGUGUCUGGCCAAGAUGCCAGUUCCCACUUCAUCUACCGGGUGGAAGAGCUCAGACUUACCCCAGGAGCCUGCGGCCACGGCUUCAACAUGUCCUCUGUUGCUCCUGAAAACCACAUCAAGAGCCCCUUCCAGUCCUUCCAUACAAGGCAUAAAAGGCAUGCUCAGAAGACAACCAAAUACGUUGAGCUGAUAAUUGUUGCAGACAACAGAGAGUUUCAGAAACAGGGGAAGGACGUGGACAAGGUGAAACAGAGACUGGCAGAGAUAGCCAAUUAUGUGGACAAGUUCUACAGAGCCCUGAACAUCCGGGUGGCCCUGGUGGGUCUGGAGGUGUGGAGCGACUCCGACAAAUGCCCCAUCACCCAGGAUCCCUUCACCACCCUGCACGAGUUCCUAGACUGGAGGAAAGUCAAACUGCUGCCCCAGAAACCGCACGACAACGCUCAGCUCAUAAGUGGGGUUUACUUCCAGGGCACCACCAUUGGCAUGGCGCCCAUUAUGAGCAUGUGCACAGUUGAGCAGUCUGGAGGCAUUGUCAUGGAUCACUCUGAGAACCCACUGGGUGCAGCCGUGACUUUGGCCCACGAACUGGGACACAAUUUUGGUAUGAACCACGACACCCCAGAGCGCGGCUGUGGCUGCAGGAUGACCGUUGACCGUGGAGGCUGCAUCAUGACCCCCUCCACAGGGUAUCCGUUUCCGACAGUGUUCAGCACAUGCAGCAAAAAGGACCUUGCUGCCAGUCUGGAAAAAGGCGUGGGCAUGUGUUUGUACAACAUGCCCGAGGUCAAGGUGCUCUAUGGUGGACAGAAGUGCGGCAAUGGCUACGUGGAGGAGGGAGAGGAGUGCGACUGUGGGGAGCUGGAGGAAUGUAUGAACCCGUGCUGCAACGCCACCACCUGCACCCUCAAGGGAGAUGCCGUGUGCGCCCACGGACAGUGCUGUGAAGACUGCAGACUCAAACCGGCUGGCACCCUGUGUCGAGAGUCCAGUAACUCUUGUGAUUUGCCAGAGUUCUGUACUGGUGCCAACCCUCACUGCCCAGCCAACGUUUAUCUGCAUGAUGGGCACGCCUGCCACAACGUCGAAGGCUACUGCUACAACGGCAUCUGCCAGACUCAUGAGCAGCAAUGCAUCACCCUGUGGGGACCAGGAGCCAAGCCUGCCCCUGGGAUCUGCUUCGAGCGAGUCAACUCUGCAGGGGAUCCUUAUGGGAAUUGUGGGAAGGACUCCAAAGGCUCCUUUGCCAAAUGCGAUGCGAGGGAUGCAAAGUGCGGUAAAAUCCAGUGCCAGGGAGGAGCCAACCGGCCAGUGAUCGGAACAAACGCCGUUUCUAUUGAGACCAACAUCCCACUGCAAGAGGGAGGGCGUAUUCUGUGUCGAGGGACACAUGUGUACCUGGGUGAUGACAUGCCAGACCCUGGGCUGGUUCUGGCUGGUACAAAGUGUGGAGAUGGCAUGGUGUGCCUAAAUCGGCAGUGCCAGAAUGUCAGUGUCUUUGGUGUGCAUGAGUGCUCUGGGAAGUGCAAUGGACGUGGGGUGUGCAACAACAAGAAGAACUGCCACUGUGAAGCACACUGGGCCCCUCCGUUCUGUGAGAAAGGUGGCUUCGGUGGGAGCGUUGACAGCGGGCCAAUGAGACUAGCAGAUGUCCGUGUGUGUGUAUUAAUGUGCGUGUUGUCAUAUAUGGCAUCAGCUGACAGUGUGGUCAUCACUGUGGCAAUCCUGGUUACCCUGGUCAGCCUCCUGGUAGCCACCGUAAUCAUCUUUCUGAAGAGGAAGACUCUGCUGCGACUCCUCUUCACCAAUAAGAAGAGCACCUUGGAGAAGCUCAGAUCUGUGGAGGCCAACAGGCCAACCAGCCCCAUCAGGACUCAGUCCAUGUACAGGCCCACACCACAGCGUAAACCUCCACCCAAACCCUCCGGAGCCAGCAUUUACAAGCCAUCUCUCCUGAGCGCCGAGCCUCUCCUCCCUCCGCACAACUUCCACUCCCACAGCCUGCGCAGACUGCCCAUCUACCAGCCCCUGCACAUCAGCCAGCCCAUGCCGGUGUCUCUGAGCGUGGGCCAGCCCACCCUGCCCCCUCUUCCGGCCAACCACAGGGUCCUGCCUGCCCACACGCCCCUGUCACCACCACGAGUGCCACCUUUUCUCAGUCUGCCUCGCCAGCAGCCGUCGUACAGAGUAGACCAGGACUUUGAGAAACCCAGUCCACCCCAGAAACCCCUCCCUGCAGACCCACUGGGGAGGAGCUCUCGGCUAGGUCACAGCGCCAAAGCAGCAGGGGUCCACAUCCCCGGAACUGGACCCCUCCCUAUUCCUAUUCCCACUGUGCCCAGGCCUCCACCCACCAUCCCUUUACCCAGCAGGCCUGCGCCAGUGCUGCCCUACAGACCACCAAAGACUCCUAAGGACUGCUGAGCUCUUGACAUCAUGGGCGAGUAGACCUCCUACCAAACAGACGGAGACUUUCUUGAUUUGCACUAAUUACUGAGACUCUGCAAGACCUUUCGGACAGUUUGAAACGUCGCAGAGUUUCUAGUGAAAGGGGGCUAACAUCACCUCGGUGCUACGCCUCUAAAAGGUGCUUUGUUGUCCUUGCUCAGGUACCAAUGAACUAUUUAUCUAUUUAACUAUUUAACUUCAGUAUCACCAGUUUGUGCACAGAGCCACUCUGAAGAGUGACUUUCCCACAUGGAAAAGUUUAGAAAAGAAAGAAACAUGGUGUCAUUUAGGAUAUUUCUUUUGCAUUCUUUGGUGAUUUUUAUACUUUUUUUCUCAAAUGAAAUGCUGAAAUAUAAAAUGUUUUUUAUAACCAGUGAAGUUGCUUGAAUAAUAGAUGCGCAGAAAGUUUGUUUAAAUAAGGAUAAAGGGAAACUGAAAACAACUCAGCAAGUUGUUAGUGUAGCUUGUGGCCCAUAGAGCAAUGUUAUUUAUUCAGUUUUUCAUUUUUUUAUGAUGUAUUCAACACUGAAUACAUCUUUUAUAUCCAUGCCGCUACGGUGCUAAAAAAAAAAAAAAAAAAAGAUAUUAAUCAAACUUUUUUCUCUCUCUUAAACACAAUGGAAAAACACAGCAGUUUCAACAGUUUUCUAGAUGCAUCAUCUAAAAGCUGGAAUGAAAUGGUUGAACUCAUGUUAAAGCCUCGGACUACAUUUUUAUUGCAGGAUCAAUCCGAUCAGCUCAUUUUACAGUCUCACAGCCAGUCUCCUUUACUUCCUUAUAAGUUCACUCUGGCAGUAAAGUACCAACAGGAAAAGCUCUUUUCACACAUUUUACACCGGCUCUGACACAGUGCUCACGGCAUGUGUUGGACGCUCGACUUGUUCUCCUGAUAACUGGCAGACGGUGCACAGUCUCAACAGAUUUGACGGACUGAUUGUGUUCCAGAGAAUUACACCAACACCAAACAAUCCCGCAUUAACUCCGGUGUUUGUAUGUUUAACAUUUACGCUCACUUUGUCCUCGGGCUGUGCGAGCCAAGUUAGAUGACUUCAACGCUGUGAGCUUUCCAAGCUCCUCCCCAACCGUGUCCAACAAGAUGUUUUACCGUAUCUGUCCCGUCUUUUCUUUUUCCUCUUGCCUUCAUAACAUUCCAUUUGGAUUUUGUAUGGCUUCGUUAUUCUUGAACUCUUGAUUAUUCAUGCAUUCACAGCAUCCAUCAUUAGAUCCAGAGCUUGCCAUUGCACUUUGAGUUAGGCACUUUCCUUGAUGUUAUUUGUUGUUGACUUGCUGUUAUACAAAGAGGGGUUCAACGGUUUAAAAACUUUACAGUGCAGUUCUUUUCCCUGUGUCAGUGUUCACUUUGGAUAAUGCAUUUUGUAUUUGCAGUGUAUCCACUUGCAGUGCUUGUCCUCUCACCACUGCAGAAUGAUUGAAGUUGGUAAAGCCCUGCAUACCCGCGUUGCAUUUGUGUACAUAAGUGUACAAGUAAUGCUCUCUCUUGUGUUCACACGUGUUCAACAGUCAGAGUAACCACUCUCUGUUGGGAAAUAUUUGUUAGUGCUGUGUCAAUUAUUAGUCGUUAAAUGUUUAUGCCAUUUGUAAAUCCUAAAUGUACUGUGUUUAUUUGCAUAACUGUAACAUGUUUAAAAGCCAUUGUAAAGUGUAAAUAUUAUAUGUCAGUAAUCAUUUCUUUUUAUGUUCUUUUUUUUUUUCUACAAGCACAGUGAUAGAACAGCUUUGAUGCCGUUCCCCAUUUACACUAGGUGGUCAAAACAUGAUUUUGAAGACUUUAACCCAUAACUUGUAGGGCAGAGACAAAUGUUUCAGGAUAACAUUUAAACUGAGAGAUUUCAUUGAUGAAAUCAGAGCCAAAUAAAACUUCCUUUAUGACUGUU